GUCACGUGACCGCUGUCAACAAGGAAAUGCGCUUUGUCUUGAACACAAGGCGCCAGCAGCUUCUGCUAACCCACAAGCUAAAGGUUCAGAGGGAUGCCAGCCUCGGAGUCGGUUCGGUUGGGUCGGAAACGCGUCCUGCCCUCCUGUCCGAACCCUCUGUUCUUAAAGUGGCUCACUGAGCUCCGAGACGAGUCCAAAGAGAAGGGGCACAAGAUCCAGCACGUCUACCAGAAGGCUAUCAGUUCUCUGAAUAAGUACCCAUUACCACUUCAAAACGCCAAAGAGGCAAAAAUACUCCAGAACUUUGGAGACGGUAUCUGUAAAAUACUGGACGAAAAACUGCAGAGAUACUACCGAGAGAACGGUCCAAACGCUCCUAUCCACUCUCUCCCACAAGGGGCGCCCCCUCCUGGCCGACCUGACAACAACAACCUGGCACCCAGAAAGAGAAAUGCAGCUGGAGAUAAAGAGAAAGACAAAGGAGGAGGAGGGAGGAAGAAGAAGAGGGAGUAUGUGCCUCAGAAAAGAUCUGGAGGUUACGCCGUUCUGCUCACCCUCUACAGACAGUCACAGAUCCCUGGUAGUAAAGGAUUCAUGUUUAAGAUGGAGCUCCAGACUGAGGCACAACUUCUCUGUGACAAGUCCUUCACUGUGCCUGAUCUGGGCAGUAAAUACACAGCCUGGUCUUCAGUCAGCACGCUUAUUCAGAAGAGUUUGGUGAUAAAGACUCACAACCCUGCAAGGUAUUCUCUGACAGAGGAGGGUCUGGCUUUGGCACGGCGACUGGAGUCUGCUGAUCCACAGAGUAAAGAUUACGCUGAUGGGGACAGAGAGGAGGCCAGGAGUGAAGGAGAGGAGGAGGAAGAGGAGGACGGUGAUCCUGGAGUGGUAGAUCUCACGGCUAGUGAUGAUGACGAAGAAGAAGAGAAGGAAGAUGACAGAGAACACCCUGCAGAGAAGCUGGCGCGUGUUUCCCAGCCGAGGAGUGAGGUUAAUGUAACGAGCUCUUCGGGAAAACCUCAGAAUUCACAGCCGACAGGUGGAAGAAAGCUGAGUGGAGUGUGUCUUCUACCUGGAACAUAUGAAAUCCUCCUCUGUGUUGACUUCAUUGAAACGACAGGCGGCAGCCACCACCGUAAGCAGGAGCUGGUCAAAGAACUUCAGAGAAACGGAGUCAGCUUCGAUGUGAGAAAGCUAAACGUUGGAGACUUCCUCUGGGUCGCUCGAGAGAAGGUUGCGCCUGUUCCAGGUCAGCUUCGCGCUCCUGCAGGCCGGGAGCUCGUCCUCGAUUACAUCGUAGAGAGGAAGAGGAUGGACGACCUGUGCGGCAGCAUCAUCGACGGACGGUUCAGAGAACAGAAGUUUCGGCUGAAGCGGUGCGGUCUUCGCCGGCCCGUCUACCUGGUGGAGGAAUGUGGGAAGGCGGCCUCUCACCUGAGUUUACCUGAGACUACGCUGCAGCAGGCCAUCGUCAACACACAGGUAGUUGACGGCUUCUUUGUGAAGAGAGUCCAGGAUGUGAGAGAGUCUGCGGCCUACCUCACCGUCAUGACGCGAUACCUGACCAAGCUGUACCAGAACCGUACACUGAUCUGUCGCUCCAGAGAGCUGGAGGGUGACGGAGCGAGUGAUGAAGAGGAGAGAGGGAGACCCUCCUGCUCUCUCAUUUCCUUUGCAGAGUUUAACCACGGAGCCGUCAAAAACAAGUGUCAGACGGUGAGAGAAGUGUUCGCCAGACAGCUGAUGCAGAUCAGCGGUUUGUCUGGAGACAAAGCAGCAGCUAUACUAGAGAUAUACAGCACCCCACACAGUCUCCUGACCACCUAUGAUCAGUGUUCAAAUGAAGCAGAGAAAGAAAAACUCCUUUCCUCCAUCCGAUACGGUAAACUCAAAAGAAAUCUCGGCCCAGCUCUGAGCAGAACUGUUUAUCAGCUCUACUGCACUCAAGGAGCUCUGACAUGAAAACUGCUUCACUCAUUCACAUUUUAAUCUGACAAACGGAGGUAGAGUGAGGAUGACUCUCUUCAUCAUGUGGAAACCUCCAGUGCUCAUUAAUUCCAGGAUGUUGUUUACAUGUUUAUUUAAACGUAAAGAUGCUGCUAUAUUCUGAUCACUGUUAAAUAUUGAUUUUUGUAUGAAGAUUAUCACAGGUGCUUCUUGAUGCUGCAUUAAUAAAGUUUAUUUUGUCAAAUA